GCAGUAUAUGUAAGUGAAUGCGGCGGGCAGCACCGGACGUCAUUACAGUGAAGUCGAGUAAAGCGGUGCAGCGGUGAGCUCUGCUGCGGCGUUUGAAAAAUCAAAUACAGAGGUUUUCUUUCUUUGUCCGUUUUUUUUUAAAUCCAGACCAGACCGAGGGGACAAAGGCUGGUUUCUCUCAGUGUGUAUCCAAGGCUGGUGCAGCCAAAGGCCCCUGUGGUCCAAGCCCAUGGAUGUGGAGUAGUGGCUACUGGAGCUCGGCCCUCAACAUUCGACUUACACAGAUGGAAGGUGAUAAGUAAACACCAAACUUGUGAUGAGAGGAGAACGAAAACGAUGGCUGACCAACUUGAACAGUCCCCCAACAAUUGGACAGAAAUUCAAGUAAGCGCCUGGCUAAAAUCCAUUGGAGUGAAGGAGCAGUACAUAAAAAAGCUCUUUGAGGAAGAAGUAGAUGGACAAAUCCUUCUUACUCUGGAUGAGGACUUUUUGAAGGAAAAGGUUUGCAUGAAAUCAGGGCCUGCUCAUUUGAUUAUUAAAAAGAGAGAUGAGCUACUCAACUCCCAGAAAAAAUCUCAGGAGAAGAAGAAGCCAACCAGUGGCAAAAAAACUGAGUUGGAACAAAAAUCACUUCAGCGUCUUCCUAUAACAAGUGAAGAUUCUUCAGAACAGGAUCCUGUGGGAGAUCAAAGUGUCUUAGAGACAAAAACUGCCCAGAAAGAGUGCAUUUUGACUUCAAAGGAAGACUGCAAACCACGACCAUUUGAUCAAGAAGGGAUUGAUCACAUAUAUGUAAAGCACAGAGUCCUGCAGCCUGAGUCAGGUGCUUUUGAUUUGAUAUCUCCAUGCCAUGAAUUUAAGUCUUUUUCUGUAGCUGCUACAUUGGAUCGCACAAGACUCCAAGCUAAGUUUGCAAAAGAGGUUCUUAAAUUUGCGACUGGCUGCAUGAAUAUCAGAUCAAAUGGCACAAUACACUUUGGUGUGAUGGACAGCAAGGAGGAUGCAGGAUAUGUUCAUGGUGAGGUAAUUGGCAUCCCUGUAAAAGAGAAAGACAUUUACGUAGAUGCUUUGGACUACAUUGAAAGGAGUUCCUUCUCUGACAAGGAGCAUGGACGCCAAUGUGUGCGGCCACCAAGGUUCAUUGAGGUUAUGGAUCGAGAAAGUACAGAGAAAAUGUAUGUAGUUGAGGUUGAUAUUGUGCCUUCAGUCAGCAUUGUUAAGAGCAAGGUGUAUUCAGUUCGUCUGCCAAACUUCAAAGAGUCAGCUAACAAAGUAGAAUUUGAGAAGGAAACUAUUCUGCGGAGGGUGGGUUCAAAAACCGAGCCGGUGAACGAGAAAGAUAUUGGUGAUUUCUAUGCACGAGUCAUGGAUCGGGAUGCUCAAAGAGAGGAAGCAGAGAAAAAUCAGUUCCUCAGUGCUCCAGAGUUCUCCCAAGACCUUGGAAGGAAACUCACGAUUCUAAUGGCCAGUGGGAAGAAAUUCCUUGAAAAGGAGAAAUGGUUCAUAUUCGUCACAAACAAAUUCAGGUCUGAUGAUCUUUGCAACAUUGGCUGGCUUCUCAACAUGAACAUUUUCUGCGUCUUUGACUUUGAUCCAGAUUCAAAAAUAUCAGGUCUUUGCAGUGGAUACCUUAAGCAUCAUGCUGCUAACCUGCAUUCUCUGCAGAGCUAUAGGAUGUCCAGUGACAUGAGCAUCAAAGAAUUCACAAGCAACUUGCACCUGUUUGAGCAGACCAGCUGGAUCUUUUGUAAUGGCCGUUCUGAGUUCAAAGGAAGUGAAACUCCAUGUGAUGAAAUGACUUGGAUCAAGACAAAGAUGACCUUCUUGAGGGAAUCUGUGUCUUUGAUGUGUAAACAAAUUUUGCCAAAAGGGACGUUCCAGGUCAUUUUCCUUCUCACGUCACCAGUCGAGAAACCACUCUUGCACACCUUUUACGAGUUUUUCACAGACAUGGAAGGCCAUGAAGACAUCAUCUGUAUCUGUGAAUCACUGGAAAACUUCCAGAGGUGGCAAAGCUUUGCAGAGGGAUCAUGUGGAAGAGAAACUGUGAACAAUUUCAGUAUUGUUGGGAUGAAAAUGAGUCACGUUAAUGCAACUGUGCAGAAAAUACAACCCGUAAAAGCCUGUGCUAGCAAGUACUUGCCAGUCUUUGUGAAAGCUAUAUGUCUCCUUGAAACAAACAAAGAGGAACAGAUGGGUUCUCUGGAAAUUCUGACAGUCAAUCAUUGUGAUGAAACAAGCAAAGACUUCAUCAGUGAGGAGAAAGCCAACAUUGAACAGCAGUUCUACCGUGGUGGGAGAGUGACCUGGUUAAAUUUCUGGCUUGCUGAGCACAAGUAUGUCGGAGAGGUAAUCGAACGAGAUGCUUAUCAUGAUGUCUGCAGACUUCUCAAGGAUGUUUUGACACCCAAAACGCAAAAUGCAGAUCAGACUCCGGUGACCAGCAUACACAUCUACCAUCAUCCAGGAAGUGGUGGCAGCACUGUGGCAAGACAGGUGUUAUGGAAUAACAGGAAAGAUCUAAGGUGUGCAGUUGUGAAGCCUUCAUACUCAGCUUCUGUUGUUGCGCAACAUGCAGUUGACCUAAGGGAAUAUGAUGAGAAGGAUCUACAGAGGUGUCUCCCUGUGCUGCUCCUCAUUGAGGACUCAGACAAAGAAUAUCUAGAUGAUCUCAGGAAUGAACUAGAGGUUGCAGUUAACAGCAAAAGAAUCCAGUAUGGAUCACUGUGUUUCAUUUUGUUGAGCUGCAGACGAUCCCAUGAUCCAGAGGAGAGAUGCAAGGAGUCUGCAUCACAAAAUGUGUCUGUCACUCACAAACUCUCCACCGAAGAGAAGAGAAAGUUUGCUGGAAAACGGCAGGUGCUUGAGGAACGUUAUGCCCCUCUAUUCAUUCUUACAUUUGUUCUGAUGAGUGAAGAAUUCACAGAGAGUUACAUUCAAGAUUUUGUGGAACAUUUGCUGCAAGGCAUUGACCGUAAAUCUGUAGUCACCCGCCUCAUUCACUAUGUAGCACUACUGAACACCUAUGUUCAAAACUCUUUCAUCUCUCAGUCCCACUGCGAAGCUCUGCUAGCUUUAACCAUGUACAUGGAAAGGUUUCGCCGGCAUGAGUUUGAGAGAUCACUCAGCGAUCAGGCUAAACUAGCCUUCUUGCACCUCAGAGAUGACAAGACCCACAUUGAAUCAAUCAGAAUCAUUCACCCACUUGUUGCAAAGGAAAUUCUCCAACAACUUCUGGGGAGCCAGCAGACCCACAGCAGUUUGGCAAUGGAUUUGCUGUGUGAGAGUGUGCUUUUCGAGCACAGAUUUGGAAGGGAGGAAUAUCUGUCAUUCCUGAGAGCGCUUUUCAUAAGGCGAUCCAGAGUAAGCAAAGGAGAUAAAUAUGAUAGCUUUUUCUCUCCUCUGAUUGAGCAUGUUUGUGAAAACGAGAAAAGCCCAGAAAAAGCAAUUGAGUUACUCAAGGAAGCAUUUGAGCGUUUCCAUAGAGAUCCGUUCUUUGCACAACAACUUGCUCGUCUUCAUUACACUUACGAGAAGUUUGAAGAAGCAAAAUACUGGGCAGAGACAGCAGCUAAACAGCUGCCCAACAACUCAUACAUACUCGACACAAAAGGGCAGGUGUACAGAAAAUGGUUUCAAGCAAAGUGCAAAGCCAUUGAACAUGGCACUAUACCAAUCACAGCUGAGAACACAGCAGAGGCUGUGGAGACUGCACUGAAAGCCCUGGACUGUUUUCAGGAAUGUGAGAGAGCAGCUGCUGCAGAUAUGGAAAACAUAAACAAUUCAGGAUAUUUUGCUGAGGUUGAAGUUGGAUGCAGCCUGCUCAAACUGAUCUCUUCAUUGCAGGUGUUUGCAAACAGAGGCAAUGGCCAUUCAGAAUGUAUGAAGUACCUGUUAACAGAUUACAUUCCGGAAGAACUUGAAGAUGUCUGGGAACCAUUUCAUGGUCGUUUGAAAAAACUUCACAGGAUAUUGCAAGAUGCCUUGGAAUGGAUUUCAGAAGACCUCAGCUACUUCCAGACAGACAUUGUUGAAGAUGAAGAAGAGAUUCCUGAAAGUCCUGAGGAGAAGAUUAGACAUCCUUUGAAAUGGUUGGCAAAAAAAUCUUCUGAGUAUGGGAAGUACUUCAGUGAAGCUUAUUCUGCUUCUAUUCUGAAACCCGGGCAAUCAAUCCCAACCAAUCUAACUCCUUUACAGAAGCGCAUGGUCAUCUGUCAUCUUGGUGGGGGUAACAUGACAUCCAUCCUCUCCAAGCUAACUGACCAGAGGGAUGCAGUAUGUCUUCUAGAGAACAUCAUUUCUCUCUACCCCAGCAAUCCAGUAAAGGCAAAAUUUAACCAGAGGGAUAUUGUCAACUACAUAGUGUCCCACAUUACUCUGAACUGCUUGUCACCACAAGCCCCAAAAGUCGCUUCUCUUAAAGAUCUGCAGGCACUUUGUUAUCAGUUCCCAGGUGAUAAAAGGAAAUGUUUACCAAGUGCCCUUUUCUUGCUUACCUUGAUUUUCUGGCCAGAGGAUAAUGACACAGCCCAGGAGAAAGAAACCAAAUAUGAAAUUGUCCAGUCGGCUGUUGAACACCUGGAAAAAGGCUACUGGACUAAGAUGAAGGACAUUCCUCAGCGGAAGAGAAGACUUUACACCCAUUUUUUUCUGGGCAGUGGGAAUGGACUGGAUAAGUUUGUCCACAAGAGAAAGUUUGAAAGAAUCACAAAGGUGUUUUCAGUCUCUGAGAAACGCAUGAAGUGGUUUAAGGGUGAGGCAUGGAAAAGGCCUGAGAUUGCCACGAUGUUGAAACGUGUUUCUGGAUGGACUGAAGAUGGAGUGGUGUACCUUGAGGGCCCUCAGAAAAAGAAGUUCAAUAUCCUGCCUCUUCAUGUACCCUCAGUGCCUUAUAGUAAUGAAAACAUCAACUUCUACCUGGGGUUCACGUUCAGGGGUCCCGUUGCCUGCAACAUUGUUGUGAAAUAGUGUGUCUAACAAUAAUCCUGUCACUUGCUGAAGCAUGAGCUCAGUAUCGACCUCGGUAACAAGAGCAAGAAAAGAUUUUGAUUAUCAGUUUUAAACACAUAAGCCCUCCUUUGUCAGUUUGUCAAGCAGGCAAUAUUUGUAAAAUACACAACUUAAAAUGUUGAAACACAUGGUAUGGUAUUGCAUUGUUCUAUAAGACAUACUUGUAUAUAUGUAUGCUAGUGUACUCAAAAACUGUCAUAACAGCUAUUAACCAUUCUUUAUCUAAACUGUAUAUGAACAUAUCUAAGCUGAACCAUGACAUGACUCACUCUGGAUUCCCAGAGAAAUAACAAUUUAAACAGAAUUUACUACUCUUAAGCUCAAUAGAUAUGUUUAAGUGUAAAAAGGAAGGGAAUUAAGUACAACCAUUUAUCCAAUAUAUAUAUAUAUAUAUAUAUAUAUAUAUAUAUAUAUAUAUAUAUAUAUAUAUAUAUAUAUAUAUAUAUAUAUAUAUUCAUGGGAAUUGUAUCAGUGUUUAGAAAAAGAUGUACAGUUGGAGAAGAAUAUGCACACAUUGAUAUUCAAAAGAAAAAUAUUUUAGGAACAUGGUUGUAUAGAUUUUGAAUAUAUUUUAUACAAGCUCUGAAAACCUACUUGUCGUCAACAUGAAACUUCAACUACUAUUCUGCUUUUUUUUGUUCUUUUGUAUUUUGAACAGGAUUUGUUUUUGUUACGUAAAGAAAUGUCUAUGUAUGUGUUAUCAAAUACAUCAAAUAAAACUUUUUCAAUUUGUAC